AUGCACGACGACGAGAUUACCGGACGACCAGGUCUUACCGACUCCGCCGCGGUAGGAACUUGCCGGCGUAUUAUACUGUUUGCCCUUUCUGACCGUCUCUGUGCCGUCCAACUGACCCGGGAUCGUCUGGUCUCGCCUCGCCUCGCCUCGCCUCCCCACGCCUCUUGGCCUCCCCUUCUUCCCUCCGUGUGGAGUUGCGCUGCUCGCCCCGCCGAUGCUUUCGUGCCUGCGCCUGCUCUCCAGCAACGCCAGAACGUCAGCGGUCAGCUUGCGUGCGUGUGGCGGGCAUCCUUGACCUCCUGCACUGGUCCGCAACCGCUUGUCGCCGCGCCGCCCUGCACCUACUCCCAUCUCCUCUGCACCUUCCCGAAUGCUCUGCACUGGCUCUGCACGCGGCAUCUUGACGACGAGACGACGACACGAAACGACACACGACCAGGUACCGUUGCGGAGUACUUCCCUUCGAGUCUUUCCUUAAGGCCACUUGGUCGAGUAUCUACAACCCUCACCCAUCCCCGCCCAUUCCCCACCACCACAACGACGUUUAUACCGCGGCGGAAAGUGCGGUCGGAGGACAUACCAGCGCUGAGCGCAGGAACGACCGGGCGACGACCGGGCGACGCAAGUGCGAAAGAGCCGCCCGAGAGAUUCGGUAAGCUGGUGACGGCCUUGGAUCACCACCGUCGCAUAACCAAUGGCCACAUUCUCCGCCGCAGUCAGGCUGUGCGAGCAACCACCCCAUCGACCCCCAAACCCGAUACAAGCAUAUCCGAACCACCCCAAGACAUCCAUAAUGAUGAAUCAUCACCCAACACUCCCACCAGGCACAGCUUUGCAGGUGUGCCGGGACAACGACCCUUACCACACCAUCCUCCCACUGCACCAGGCCUUCCGAGCACGCCGCCGCCAUCCAGCGAGGUGAAGCGCGAUGGCUCAAAUCGAUCGAAGAAGUCGUCGCAAGGCGAGUCGGAGGAUGUCGAAAUGGGGGAGGCCGGGCAAGACGACGAACAAGACGCAGAGGACGAUGGCGACUCGGAUAACGAGAGUGUCAAGAGCGAGUCGCAACGAUCGGGAAAGAAGAAGAAGAAGGGCCAACGUUUCUUCUGCACCGAGUUCCCGCCGUGUCAACUCAGCUUUACCCGGAUCGAACUGAGGAAACACACUGGCGAACGACCAUUUCAAUGUCACUGCUCACGACGCUUCUCACGUCUAGACAAUCUUCGUCAGCAUGCGCAAACAGUGCAUGUCAACGAAGAGAUCCCGGCCGAGUCGCUGGCGGCUACGAGCACGAGAUUCCAGAGACAAAUCCGCACCGACCGAGUACGGCCUCCCAACAACCGCUCUCGCGCAUCGACUCUCGGCAGUAAUGGCGGCGGUACUCAUUCUCGAGGCCAUAGCCGCAACCUCUCCACUUCCAGCAUUGGCUCGACGACGAGCAUCGGCGUGCCUGAUGACGCACGCAGACGACCGCCCGCACUUGCCAUGGCGAACGACCCUGCUGCUCGCGCACGACUGUCUUUGGAAACAUAUGGCGGCAGCCCUCAGCAGCAGUAUAUGUACUGCAACUCGUCGCCGACCAGAUAUAGUACACCCACAUCGACUGCAUACUCCACUGGCGGACAGAGCCCCCGCUUCCAGUCCGGUAUGGUCUCGCCGGUCCCAACAAUAUCAAGGUCGUCAUUCUACAAUGGCUCGAGAGCACCGGGACGUAGAUUGUCCGUGCCAUCUGGUGCGAAUCCAUUCCAACAGCAGCCCUCCACCUAUCCUCAACCGUAUUUCACCCCGCUGCCUUCCGGACAAUCAGCGACUUUCUCGCAAAGUAGCAGCACAUACGGCAGUCCGACCAGCUCGGUCUACUCUCAUGGUCGGCGAGAGUCGGAGAGCGAGAUGGAGAUUCGUAGGCGCACUUGGCAUCCGACCACGAGUUCGCAAUAUCAGCAGCGACCAGCCACGAGCGGGUUGACGUAUCAUCAAACUCCUGACGAGCCAAGACCUGCGUUCACCCAACAGCAGGCGGCCAGUCAGAUGACACGACUACCAGGGAUCGAAAGCUUCGAUCAUGCUCCGCCACCAAGCACACGACAGCCGGAUGCUAUGGUGAUCGAUUCGUCGCCAAGACCCACGAGCUCUGGAAGAGAAUUGCAGCAGGGUCUGACCAGGCUUGACAUUACUGCCGCCAAUGCACCAGUCGAAGGACAGUGGCAGGUACAGCAGGUGCCGCCGCCUCAACAGACGGCCUACUACCAUCCUCAGGCACCUCCGCAUCAAUGUGUUCAACCAAAGCACAUGUCAAUGCCAGAAGGCCCGGUCACUCCUCGAAAGCAUAAGCGCAAUGCCUGGUACGGUGGACCCAUCACACCUCAUCAAGGUGGUGUACCUGGAGGUGUGUACAUGCCUCACCGCCCUUCACCUGAAGAUUCGGGCAGCAGCGACGGCGUCCCAACACCCUCGACAUCGCAAGCGACCGAGUACAACCCUGUUAUCGUCAAUCCUGGCGUGCCUGCCGAACACCAAUACCCGCCGGGAACUGCUAUCACUUCGGAUGAGCAGAAGGUAUACUACAACUCCAAUCAGAGCAGCCACGUGCAGCAUAAGGAGGAUCGUAUGAGGACUGAUUCAGGCUAUCAGACCUAUGUACAAACGUCGCCACAGCAGCAAGCUCAGCCGCCUCAGACCUACGCGCUUCAGAGCGGUCACGAUCCACGCUUCACUCAAAGCGGCUACAGUCAGCCGCCCAACAACGAUAUGGCGAAGCUCGAGGCCCUCGUCGCCGUCGCUACCUCUGAAGGCAUGAUCUUGCGAGUUGUCGCGCUCCACAUAACCGACCUCGCAUCCCACAUCCCAACUCUAAACUGCAUUCCCACCACCACCUCUUCAUUUCCCUAUGUAACGAAACGAGCACACUCACGAAGUAACGAACAUCCAUCUCCUUUGGAACACGAAGAAACGCACCGCACACGAACACGUUAACUUUGGUUUUGGGGGGGACUCAAUUUUGCAUUAUGGUGCGGAGGCUCUUUCUUCUUCUAAUUUGCCUCUUUUUUUUCUGAAACGUUUCAUGAGAGAUACCCAACGGACGGACGGAUUUGACGGAUGGACGGAUGGAAUGGAACGAAAGGAUGAUGUAUGCACCAUGAUUUGCGAGGAAAACGCACAUUUUUUUUGUUUAGCGCUUUGCUUUGGAUUUGCGUUUUUUUUUUGAAUGUAAUUGGGAGGAGAUGAUUUAAUUUUUUCUGAUGAGAUGAUACCUUGAUUCGUUCGACGUCCUGGUUGAAGGUGCUGGGUGGUUUGGUGUAUGCUGGGCUGUCACUGGUUCUUAUGAUUUGGCAUUUGCCUGUCCGAUGAUGAAGGGAGGGAUCGGAGGAAUCUUGAAGAUUUUGUGGAUGCGAUGUGAUGUGAUUGAAUUGAGCUUUGGCAUGCAUUACCGUCGUACCUAUUCUCCUCUACCUUACGCAUCAUAACUUUGCUCCUCUCCUCUCCUCUCCUCUCCUCUCCAAGUUCAGUCUCAUCACUCCUCCUCCUCCACCUCCGGAAACCUCACCGUCUCCCCAAACUCCCUCAAACCCCCCCCACCCUCAAACUCCCAACCCCUCAUCCACUAGCCGCAAUCCCACAACCCAUAUCCUGUGCCUGAAGAUAGAAGUGCUCAACACAUGUCAACUCCUCCGCAAGAAAGCCCAAAAGCUUCCGCCACCUCUCCUCCCUCUCGUGCACGAAAUCGACGUAAGUGCUUCGGUGUUUUGCAGUGGUGGUGAGGGGAGGAUCGUCGUUUGCAGACCCGGGCUUUUGUGUAUUCGAUGAUGAGGUUUGAUGCGGAGUCGAAGGGGCGUAGUGGUCGGGGUGGGUUGAAUGUGAGGGUGAGAUGUUGCGGUGCUCAUGGCUUUUCACAUGCGUGAUUGGUGCGGAAAUGGGUUAAUUGCAAGGGUUUUGAGGGAGGGGAGGCAGACCGCGAAGAGAGUUCUAAGGUGCCAUGGUGGAAUUCUCUGAGUUCGCAUUGCGUGAGAUGGGGUUCGCGGAGGUGGAGAGUUGUGCGUGGGUACUCUGAUCUUGCGAUGGCUUGUGUAAGAUUAGUCAGUCGGGUUGAGGCUGGGUGGUCGGUGUAGCUGGCCUUGAAGAGCAGGUCGUGGUAAUCGACUAUGGAGGUUUCGAUGCACUGCUCGAUGUGGCGGUAUCCGAAAGAUGGGCGACCUUGGAAUUCGUCCGCACUCCAUUGCGAUUUCUGUCUGGAUGGAAGUUGCGCUCAUCGGCGUGUCCCAGGCUGAGAUAUGACGUGAUGCCGGCUCGCUUGAGGUUUUGUCAGGCUUGCGACAGAAGACUCACGUCUUCGCCGUCUCGUAGUGAUGCGCGAAGCGAGUUUAAAUAAAGUCCAUCAAAGCUGCGCCACACUCACAUGCAGACUCGAGCUCACAUGCAGAUUCGACCUCACAUGCAGACUCGGACUCACAAGCUUGAGCACGAACGCACAUGAAGUCAAUGCAGUCACAAGUCAUAGAACUUCCAGCUAGGCUUCUGACGCACUUCAAGCUUUCCGCCCUUCAGAAGCGCUCGCAACAGCUCAAUUGGCAUAUUGUUCUCUUUCAUGACACGAUCAUGAAACUGCUUUUCCGUCAUCUCGCCGGCGUCUACAAUCUCUUUCCUCAAAGCAUAGAGCUGCAGCGCUCCAAGCAUAUAGCCAGCUUGGUACAACGCACCGUAUUCUCCGUUGAACGACCGCCUGACUUCCCCUUCGGCCGUCGCUCGCUCGUGGCCCACUUUCUCAACCAGGUAGUCAAUGCACUGCUGAGGCGUCCACUUGCCCAGGUGAAAAUUCAAGGAGAAAACGAUGCGCGCACAGCGAUGCAUGUGCCAGAACAGCAUGCCGAGACGGUUUUCGGGAGUCCCUGGAAAGCCGCGAUCCCAGAGAAUCAGCUCCCAGUAAAACGACCAUCCUUCGAUCCAGAAAGGUGUUUGGAACAUAUUUCGAUGUUGUUUACUGCGGGCCAUGUAGUGGUAUUGAAGAUGGUGUCCCGGGAGUAGCUCGUGAAACACCGUAGAUCUCGAGAACGGCCUGUUGUUCCCUCGCAUCACCAUGAGCUUGUCCUCGUGCGACAUGGUAUCUGUUGGAUAGGACACAAUGAUCGAUGUGCCGCCUAGGAAGAAUGGAUUGACUUUCUGUCGUUCGGGACUCAUCAUGAAAGUUCUCCAACACUCCUUGGCAAUUUCUGGCAGAGUGACCAUGUCGUACUUUUCCACAUAAUCCACAGCUUCUUGGGCCAAUUCGUGAACCAUGUUCGUCUGUUGACCCGGCUCAACGUACAUGUUCUUGACCUUCUCCUGGGCCUUGCGCCAGUCAUCGCCAAAUCCCAUUUCUUGUGAAGCUUUGAUAGCUUCUUUCUCGCACCACUUAUACUGCUUCUCGCCAAUUGCUAUAAUUUCUUCCGGGGAAUAUGCGAUGAACUCUGUCAACAACUCUGCGUCGAUACCCUCCUUGCUGAUCGGCUGUCCGACGAUAGCGUCGUCGUCGCCAGGCUUGAUGCCAACCAGGUACUGUCGUAUGACAGCAACGAAGGAGACUAGCUUUUGGGAAAAGUCGUGCCAAGGCUUUGAAGUCCACCACGUGAACAGAGGGUCGUAGCCAGAGUAGAAUUCGUACCACUCUGUGAGGCGUUUGCCCAGAUCUUCUAGUUGCAGCGCAGCACGAUAUGCGCCAAAGCGGUUAUCUUCCAUCUUGAACUUGCCUUUCUGAAUCUCCGUGGAGAGAGCAUCGACAGCUUUGAUAGCGUCUGAUAGUACCUGACCAGCGUAUUUGCCUUCCGUGGGUACGACCUUUUGCCUGCGUUCGCACAAAUCAACCAAUCCUGGCACCCAGUCUCCGAGCAAUGGUUUCAAAUCGCUCAGCUGAGUCCAUUCUGUCCUGAGAGUGCGCAGCUUAUUGAAAAUCCAAGCAUGAAUGAGUAGGAAAUCCACCUUGGCAUCUUGAGUCAAGUCGUCGAAUGGAGCGAAAUGAGUGAACAAGGCAGUCGCGUGCUGGGACACGUAUUCGCCAAGACGCUGGACUCUCGUGGCGGAAAGGUUGACGUUGUAGAAUUUUUCGAGCUGGUGGACAUCUGCUGCUAUCUCAAUGAUGAAGUCUCGGAGUUCUUGUGCUUUUGUGAUUUUGUCAGCUUCUGAGAUGUUGGUCUCUUGGGAAGGCCUCGUUUCUUGUGUGGCAAGC